AUGAACUCCCUGUUCAAUUCUGCUCUCAAGCAGUCAUCAUCGAUCCGUCGAGAUCUGGAUACCUUCUCACAGUCCCCCGCCACCACCUCGCCCGCGUUACAAGGUCAGCUUGCUGCCUCCUUGGCAUCACUUUCCCGCACAGUCGAUGACUACUCGGCCCUUUCCAAGAAAGAAUUGAUCGUCGACAAACAACAAAAGGCCUUUGACCGGAUCAAGAACUUUCGUGCCGAGCUUGCGGACUAUCGCACGCUGUUCGACCGACUCCGCAAGGAGCGUGAAGAUGCACAAUCGGUGACCAACCGCAACGAGCUCCUUGGCCGACGUCCACACCACGCCGCAACCCCCGAGAACCCCUACGCACAGUCCUCCCUCCCCCAGAACUCAGCCUUCGCACCGACAUCCUCGGGCUUAAGCUUCGGCGCCGGUCCCUCAGACUACAAUCGCGAAAACCACGCUCUGCGCGAGCAAUCCUUCUUCUCGAACACAAACACCCAACUAGAUGACUUCUUGGACCGAGGUCGGGCCGUGUUGGCUGACCUUGGCGAGCAACGGGAGAUACUGAAGGGCACUCAGCGACGAUUGUAUAGUGUCGCCAAUACGCUCGGUGUGAGCGGAGACACGAUCCGGAUGGUCGAGCGGCGCGCUCGGCAAGAUAAGUGGAUUUUCUGGGUUGGGGUGAUUGUUUUCUUCCUGUUCUGCUGGGCUGUGCUGCAUUUCUUACGGUAG